AUGGCCUCCACCACCAACUGUGUUCAUGUACUCAUGUUAUUUGUUAUAAUAACCACUUCAAUGUUUAGCGUUACUAUAGCUAACAAGGACUGGCCCUCCUUCGGUAAUUUUAACUACACUGAUUGGUGGUCAAGAUUUGGAAACCACUAUCAUCAAAUGAAUAAGACACAACAAGAAUCCAAGAACAUCGUCGUUGGUGGCUCUCAAAAUUGGCAAUUUGGCUAUAACUACUCCGAUUGGGCUAUCAAGAGUGGCCCUUUUUACCUCAACGAUACUCUCAUUUUCAAGUAUGAUGCUCCAAAUGCAACGAGUUUCCCACACAGCGUUUAUAUGUAUUCAAGUUGGAGAAGCUUCAUCAAGUGUGAUGUUAAGAAGGCUAAGAUGGUUGCCAAUCACACACAAGGUGUUGGAGAGGGAUUCAAGUUCGUCUUAAACAAAUGGAAGCCUUAUUACUUUUCGUGCGGUGAGAAAAAUGGAUUACAUUGCAACAUUGGACAAAUGAAGUUUUCUAUUAUGCCAAUGUUUCGUCCCUUCUGGCCAUCAUCACCUUGA